ACGACUGGAAGGUGAUUGUCAUCUGAACUUGAGGCCUAAAAAAUUUGUGUGUAAUUCUUGAAAAAGCCCGUUUGUCAAUUUGUAUAAUUCACCAUUGAUCCACCAGUUGAGGUCUCUCUCUCUCUCUCUCUUCAACUUCCUCAUUCAUUUCUGUCUUAAGAAACAAACCCACGUCUUUCACGUUUCUUUCUUAUCAAUCUCUGAUUAUAUUACACCAUCCUCAACGAUUUUUUAGAUUUUGAUUUUGCAUAGCACCUAAAAACUCUUCUUUCAAACUUCACUCCUUGUUUGUUUUCCUUAUAUCUGAAAACAACCCUUCAUUCAUUUUGUAGUCAUCUGGGUUUGAAUCAUUCUCUUCUUUUUGCUUUCUAGUGUGAAUUUCUCAUCAUCAAUUGAAGAAUAGGAAAUCCCAUUUGAGGAAUUGGGCAUUUGUUGUGGGAGUUGACCAGUCAGAGAUCUGAAGCUCUGUGGAUUUGGGAGCGAGAAAUGGGGAGCUUGGGGGCGAUUUUGAAACACCCAGAUGACUUUUAUCCACUUUUGAAACUGAAAAUAGCCGCUAGACAUGCGGAGAAGCAGAUCCCACCUGAGCCUCAUUGGGGAUUCUGCUAUACCAUGCUGCAUAAGGUCUCAAGAAGUUUUGCACUCGUUAUUCAGCAGCUUAAGCCCGAGCUUCGCAAUGCUGUGUGCAUAUUUUAUCUUGUUCUGCGAGCCCUCGACACUGUUGAGGAUGAUACAAGCAUACAAACAGACAUUAAAGUGCCCAUUCUGAAAGCUUUUCACUGUCACAUAUAUAACCGUGAUUGGCACUUUUCAUGUGGCACAAAGGACUAUAAAGUUCUGAUGGAUGAGUUUCAUCACGUUUCAACUGCGUUUCUAGAACUUGGGAAAGGGUACCAGGAAGCGAUUGAGGAUAUCACAAAAAGAAUGGGUGCAGGAAUGGCUAAAUUCAUUUGCAAAGAGGUAGAGACGGUUGAUGAUUAUGAUGAAUAUUGCCACUACGUAGCGGGACUUGUCGGACUAGGUUUAUCUAAGCUGUUCCAUGCUGCGGAGUUGGAGGAUUUGGCACCUGAUUCUCUUUCAAAUUCUAUGGGAUUGUUUCUCCAGAAAACCAACAUUAUCCGAGAUUACUUGGAGGACAUUAAUGAGAUUCCAAAGUCCCGGAUGUUUUGGCCUCGUGAGAUUUGGGGCAAAUAUGCUGAUAAAUUAGAGGAUUUUAAAUAUGAGGAGAAUUCAGUCAAGGCCGUGCAAUGCCUCAAUGAUUUGGUCACUAAUGCUUUGAACCAUGUGGAGGAUUGUCUGAAAUACAUGUCCAACUUAAGAGAUCUUUCCAUAUUUCGGUUUUGUGCUAUUCCUCAGAUUAUGGCAAUUGGAACUCUAGCAUUAUGCUACAAUAACGUAGAAGUCUUCAGAGGGGUGGUUAAAAUGCGCCGGGGUCUUACUGCAAAGGUCAUUGAUCGAACGAAAACAAUGGCUGACGUCUAUGGAGCUUUCUUUGAUUUUUCUGUUAUGCUGAAGGCUAAGGUCAACAGCAAUGAUCCUAAUGCUUCUAAAACCCUGAGCAGAAUCGAGGCAAUACAGAAAACCUGCAAGCAGUCGGGAAUCUUGAACAGGAGGAAAUUGUAUGUAGUCAGAAGUGAGCCAAUGUUCAAUCCAGCUGUGAUUGUUAUACUUUUCAGCCUAUUAUGCAUCAUUCUUGCUUAUCUCUCUGCCAAGCGAUUACCAGCCAACCAAUCUGUAUGAGCGUCAAACUCUAGUAAGGUUAGGUUCGUACCGACGGGAUCAAAGGAAAACAAUCAAACACUGUCUAGUCAUUCAUGCUUCUAACUUUGUUCUCUUGGAAUGCAGUAUAUGAAUUCCAACAGAACACACCGCAAAUGUGCACGUUAUGGUUAAGUUUCUGGCUCCAUUAUCUUUCUUAGAGCUUUGUUUAAGUAUUACAAUGGGUGAUAGUUACUGUUUGUUUAGUACAGAGCAGGAAACAAGUGAAAUCCUGUAACCUUCUAAUGGUUGUAGUGAGAAAUACAUGAAAAUAAGCUUGUUAUAUUCAUCUUUUUUCAAUCUUAUAAUAAGGAAUUAAGUCUUUGAUUUAAAA